AUGGUCUUCAAAUAUAUCUUCUCUCCAUGGCGAUUGGGCGGCCUGGCGCUGCUCGCAACAACCUUCCUGUUUACUCCAAUCGCUUCCGCUGGCCCCUUGGUCAAUGUCGCUCUAACUGCUUCCUUUAAUGCAGCACCGUACCUGGUGGAGCUUCUAGAAACCGCUGCAGACGAGAAUUCCACCAGCUAUUUCCCUCUCCUUGACCACAUUGCUGAGGGUGCAUUCACAGAAAUUACUACGGAGCGAGACCUCUAUGAGCGAUUUACACAAAUACUACAGGACAAUGGACACCUUACUGAUGCCGAGUCUAUUUCGUCUUUUAAAUUUGCCCUAUCGUUACGAUCCACCGCACCGCGGAUCGAGGCUCAUUAUCAAUAUUAUCAUACGUCGGUGGAGCCGUCGUUAGUGGUGGCGCAAGAUGCAGUUUGCACUGUCUGGGUGUAUUACGACGGCUAUCAAUAUUGUUCACCGAGUUUAAAAUAUGCGCAGCAGAGCGUGUCAGGAGACCAACACGAACGAGUUUUGCCGUUCGAUCGAGUAUUUGGAGAUCCUUCGCUGCCCGCAUUAGUACUAUAUGCCGAUGUGACAUCUCCCAUGUUUAGUGGAUUUCACCAGGAACUUAGCCGGAAGGCUCGAGAGGGCCAGUUCUCGUAUAAAAUUCGCUAUCGGUCAUCUGGCACUGAGGCCUCGAAACCCAUUUUCGUUAGUGGAUAUGGGGUGGAGCUUGCUCUUAAACGAACGGAUUACGUCGUGAUCGACGAUCGGGACGCGGAACAGAGCGUUUUGAAGGAUACGGAUGCAGCCCAAACUACCCUGGCUCCAGUAGACGAUGCGAAGAAUGAGCCACCCACUGACUUGAAGCCCUUGUCUGCCUCAGAAGUAUCGACACUAGGUAUUAAUGCUGCUAGUUUCGUGAUGAGCAGCGAUGACCCACUUGCGACGCUGUUAAGGUUAUCGCAGGACUUUCCGAGACAUUCCUCUGCUAUUGCAGGUCGCAAUGCUACACCUGAAUUUAUUAAAGAGCUCCACGAAAACCAGGCUGCCCAGUUGCCCGUGGGGUUAAACACUAUGUGGAUUAAUGGGAUGCAGAUCGACCCGAACAACAUAGACGCCUUCUUCCUUCUCAGUCAUUUAAGACAGGAAAGGAAACUAAUCAACAGAUUCCGAGAGUUUGGAUUAUCUGCGCGACAAGCCGUGGGUCUGUUUUCUGAUCCGGCGGUUUCCAAAACCCAAGCAGCUGAUGACUCACUGCGCUAUCAGUACAGAGACGACUUUGAAGGUGGAGGUGUAAUUAUUUGGAUGAAUAAUCUUGAAAAAGAUCACCAAUAUGAUGGGUGGACAAAAAGUCUAAAUUCUCUCCUCAGACCAAUCUACCCUGGUCAGCUUCCUCCGAUCCGACGGGAUAUUCACAAUGUCGUUAUUCCUGUCGACCUAACCUCUCCAAAGGAUAUUGAAAUUGUCGUUCGAAAUAUGCAGACGCUUGUAAAGAGAAAGAUACCAAUUAGAUUUGGUUUUGUACCAUUAUUGCAGAAUCCGAAUUCUCUCGAGCAGGCGCGAGUUGCCCAUUACCUUCUAGAUACAUACGGUAUUGAAGCUCUGGUGACCUACUUGCAAGCUUCAUACACUGCCAACAAGACUGCCUCCCCAGAUCAGGCCAGUUUCACAGCUGCAUUGAAAGAUCAUAAAGUGAGGGAUGGCCACAAUCCUGUUACAUUCAAAGAUGUCUUAACAUCGGAAAAUUACGACCCGAUACUUGCGAGCACAAAAACAUAUCUCCAGAGGCUGGCCAUUGAAGGAAAAGAACCAACUUUUUUUGUAAAUGGUGUUGCCUUUGUUCGAGAUGAAAACUUCAUGCAAUAUAUAAUUACGGCCGUAUCCAAUGACAUGGAUAAAAUUCAAAAAGCUGUUUUCGAAGGUGAUCUGGAGGAGGAUGUUUGGGUUCCUUCAUAUUUUCUCCAAGGUGCUCUACAGACUCGAAACCCACUACUUAUCCCCGAGGACCCGAGGUCAAUUCGUAUCGUUGAUCUCAACAAAAUAUACGAGAACAAUAAGGAUAUUUUUGACACUCUUCUCCGGAUUCCCGCGACGUCUAAAUCGGAGCAUUCAAUGCUAGAUUGGACUAGUAUCAUCCUCAUAGCCGAUCUGGAGAGCGAAUCCGGUGUUAAGCAGCUUCGUCACCUUCUCGAGCUUCACGAAAAACACCCUGGAGUAGAAACUUUACUUCUUCAUAAUGGAGAGGCGUCGUCUGUUUCGAAAGGCCUUUUGACAAGACUUCAUAGUGUUCGACAUGGUCGUGACCUUGACCCAGCUGCAGUUGCCGCCACUCUCGAUGCCCUCGUUUCUGGAGAGGAUACACCAGGCUCAGAUGCCAACCUUGCAACCGCUUAUUGGAACUCACUUCAGGAGUUGGUGAGAGAAAUUGGAAUUGGUGCUGGUGAAUAUGGAAUGGUGAUUAAUAGUAGGAUUAUUGGUCCUCUGCCGUCGUCGACCGUUUUUGAUGCUCUGGAUCUGGAAUAUAUGUUUGCAUACGAACGGUCUAAACGCACUGAAGUAGUCGCACAGGCAGCUUUGGACCUUGGUUUGGAAGAUAAAAUCUCUGACCCUUUGAGCCUUGCUAAGCUACUGUCUCUAAUGUCUCUCUCAACCGCAAGUGACAUUCCGGAAGGAAUCCUGAAUUCAGUAUCAAAUGUGCGCUCUAACCUGUAUAAAAAAUGGAAUGGCACUCACUCUGCAAUAUCUAUCUCAAACUCCGAUGAUCCCUCGAUCUACAUUGUUGCGGCGGUCGAUCCAGCGACAGAGACCGCUCAACGCUGUAUUCCGAUCUUGAAAGUAUUGUCAGAGCUAAAUGGUGUCAACUUGAAAAUAUUCCUUACUCCCCGAGAAGCGAUAAAGGAGUUGCCGAUUAAAAGAUUCUAUCAAUAUAUUCUCAAAUCUACUCCGUCAUUUAGCGAAGACGGCUCUAUAGCCAAACCGCAAGCCACCUUUCACGGAAUUCCCGGUGAUGCUCUCCUUAAUUUAGGAAUGGAUGUACCUCACUCGUGGCUUGUGGCCCCAAAGGAAUCAAUAUACGAUCUUGACAACAUCAAAUUAAGCUCUCUUAAAGAAGGUGCAAACGUUGAUGCUCUUUAUGAGCUGGAGCACAUUCUAAUCGAGGGCCAUUCGUGGGAUGUUACUACCAGAACAGCACCACGAGGAGUUCAACUGCUCCUAGGGACCGAGAAAAAACCCCAUUUCGCAGAUACUAUCAUCAUGGCAAAUUUGGGGUACUUCCAAUUCAAGGCACAGCCUGGGUGCUGGAAAAUAACCUUAAAGCCUGGCCAAAGCGAGCGCAUUUUCCGUCUGGACAGUGUUGGUGGAAAGGGUCACAGACCCACGCCCGGCGACGAGAACAACGACGUAGCUCUCCUCUCCUUCCGGGGCAAGACCCUCUACCCGCGAUUGUCCCGCCGGCCGGGUCAUGAAAAAGACGACGUCCUAGACCCAGACCCGAAGCCAAACUCAGCAAAGGACUAUCUCUCCAGGGGUCUAAGCUUUGCCUCCAGCGUCCUCUCCAGCGUAACUGGUCCCAAAGAAAAACACGCAGAUAUAAACAUCUUCUCCGUCGCCAGCGGCCACCUAUACGAACGCAUGCUCAAUAUCAUGAUGGUCUCCGUCAUGAAACACACAGGACACAGCGUGAAAUUCUGGUUCAUCGAGCAAUUUCUCUCGCCAUCAUUUAAAUCCUUCCUACCCCACCUCGCCGCCGAAUACGGCUUCUCGUACGAAAUGGUCACUUACAAAUGGCCUAACUGGCUGCAUGAACAGCAAGAGAAGCAGCGCAUUAUAUGGGGUUACAAAAUCCUAUUCUUAGACGUCCUCUUCCCCCUCUCUCUGGAUAAGGUCAUCUUCGUCGAUGCGGACCAGAUCGUCCGUACAGACAUGUACGAGCUCGUCACGCUGGACCUCGAGGGUGCCCCUUACGGCUUCACGCCCAUGUGCGACUCACGCACAUCCAUGGAAGGUUUCCGUUUCUGGAAGCAGGGAUACUGGAAGAAAUUCCUUAAAGGACUGCCCUACCACAUCUCCGCGCUGUACGUGGUCGAUCUGAACCAGUUCAGGGCAAUAGCUGCCGGUGACAGGUUGCGUGGGCAAUACCACACCCUCGCCAUCGAUCCAAAUAGUUUGAGUAACCUGGACCAAGAUCUGCCGAAUAAUAUGCAACGCGUGUUGCCGAUUAAGAGCCUGCCCCAGGACUGGUUGUGGUGCGAGACAUGGUGUUCGGAUGAGGCGCUGAAGACAGCGAAGACGAUUGAUCUAUGUAAUAACCCGCUGACGAAGGAGCCGAAGCUGGACAGGGCGAGGAGGCAGGUACCUGAGUGGACGGUUUAUGACGAGGAGAUUGCAGCGGUGCAGAGGAGGGUGAUGGAGGGUAAGAAGGGAAAAGAGGACGGUGAGGAGGGAAGGGGAUCAGAUGGGAAGAAAGAGCGUAGAAAGGACGAACUGUAG